UGGCUACACAAGUGCUCGCGUCGCUUCGUGUAAUCAUGGCAUACUUCAAUUUAAAGCAGUUUAACAGGUUUGAAAGAACCUACCUAAUCGCAUAUACUGUGUCCACACCACCACAUCCAUCAUUUUAGAGGCCCUUCAGCAUCAAUUAGCACCAUGAACUUCGGCGGUAUGAUGGGCGGCGCGGCACCGGGUGUGCCCCAGCAGCCUUCGCAGCAGUCACAGCUUAUGAUGGCCAAAGUGGAGAUGGCGUCCUACGCGGAUUUGUUCGAGCGUCUGUCGCGCGUGUGUUUCCAGAAGUGCAAGUUCAAGUACAACGACGGCCAACUGAACGUGGGCGAGAUGAGCUGCAUCGACCGCUGCUCGGGCAAGUACAUGCAGGCCUACAGCACACUAGGUGUCAAGAUGGCGCAAGUGGAGAAGGAGAUCAUGGAUCAGGCUGCUGCUGGCGCCGGUGUGCAGCAAUAGACGAAGGAAGCGGCACAAGAUCCAAGCCAAUGAGACUUUUUAGCACAGAGAGUGAUAAGAGAGACAUUGGGAGAUCUAAAUAGUGGCUUACGUUGUUGAUUGUUGCUGUCCAGUCG